CACUGUCGGUUCCCCGGCGGUGGGAUUGGCUGCGGUUCCGUGACGCGGCCCCGUUUUACCGGGGGGGGAUGUGUGUGUGUGUGUGUGUAACCGCUGCGGCGCCGCCGCAGAAGCCACCGGGAUGAGCGCGGCCGAGAGCUGGCCCCGGUCCCGGUGCCGGUGGGGCGGAGGUGAGGCGGUGCUCCGUGCCCGUGCCGAGGCUGCCGGGUACCGGAGGUUGCUGCGUGCCCGCGCUGCCGAGGUGGAAGCGCUGCGUGGGGCCGUGGGAGCGUUACACCGGCAGCUGGAGGGGCUGCGGGACCGGCGCAGCGGGGAGCUCGCCAAGUACCAGGAGCGGGUGGCGGAGCUGGAGCGGGAGAUCGGCGAGGCGGAGGCGGAGAUGGCCCGGUGCCUGCGGGAGUACCCGGCGCUGCUGCGGCUGCGGAUGGCGCUGGAGGCGGAGAUCGCGGCGUACCGGGAGAUGCUGGAGGGCGAGGAGCUGCGCCUGGGCUGCCUGGCCCCGCCCUGACGGGACCCCCGGCCCCGCUGCGGGACCCCGCGCUGCCGGGACCCGCCGGACCCCCGCCCGGGCCCCCAGACCCCGGACUUCUGCGCCUCGGCGUCCCCUGAGACCCCGCUCGCCCGCGCCUCGGGACCUCUGCCCCCGGACGCCCAGGCCGUGGGACCCCCCCGGACCCUCUGGACCCCUCUGGACUCCUGGAGCCCCGGUCCUUCUGUCCCCCUGGGCCAUGGGCUCCCCCGACUCCUGGGACCCCCGGCUCCCCAGGCUCCCCAGACCCCCCGCCCUGGGAGGCCCUGGCCCCCCAGGAGGGCAGCGCCCACGGGGCCGCACUCUCUCACCAGCCUCUCCGGAGCAGCAGCGGGGCUGGGGUCCCGGCCCUGGCCCGCGUGGAAGCACCUCAAUAAAGCCCCGUGGCAUUA